CUUCUCUCUCUCCCCGUUCUCGGAUCGUCAGGGGGCGUGUCGGUGCGCGCGGACAGGCAGCGGUCGGACUUUAAAAUGGCGGAAAAAUAAACGAAGAAAAAAAGUAAAAAAAAACAAACAAACAAACAAAAAAAAGAAACCGUGGACACGGAGGGAAGCCCCGCUGCUGUCCGGGACGGGCCGGGCGACAGGUUUCCAUGAACUGCACCAGGGUCCUCCAUGUCCUGAACCCUCGCCCCGGGGGCCCAUCUCCCAUCAUGCCCAUCGACGUGGCCGUAAGGAUCUGCCUGGCCAGCUCACCUCCUCUGCGCUCCUUACUCGGGAACUGCAACAAGCGCUCCUCGUCCUCAGUCGCUCUGCUGCCGCAUUGCCGACCGCUGCGACCCUGCCUUACCUCCGCGAUGGCGACGGCACCAUCAGCGGGCGUAGAGAGCGGCGGCGGCAGCCCGGGGAUGUUAAGGAGGAAGACCGUGGCGUUUGCGGACUCGCGGGGUUUGGCGCUCGCCACUGUCCACGUCUACAACGAGUGCGAAGAUGAGGCGCUCAGCGAGCUGCUGACCGAGAUCGAGAGUGCUGCCUCCGGACUGCACCUGGCAGACAUCAAAGAUCCAGCAGAUUGUGGUUCUUGCCUGGUUCUGGCCUUCACCCAGCCAGCCGCAGACUACUUAGACCUGAGGAGUCGUCUCAAAGCCCAGCAGGUGUGCCUGGAGACCUGUUCAGUCCAGGAACACCUGCUCUCGGGUACUGUCCAGGUCCGAAACAUCUGCUUUGAGAAGUCUGUCUGGGUGCGGAUCACCUUUGACUCUUGGUGCUCCUUCCAGGACGUUCGCUGUCAGUACCUGAACAACGUCUACGGUUGCCCCGACACCGACACCUUCUCAUUCUCCAUCGCGCUCCCGGAGCUCCUCAAGCCCUCUGGAAAAGUGGAGUUCUGUAUCCGGUACCAGACUCAGGACCAGACGUUCUGGGACAACAACCUUGGGAACAACUACCGGCUGGCAACGGCCGACCAAAACAGUCGGAGCACGGCCGCUGAGAGUCCAGCUGGAGUGCCGAUCCAGAGGGACCGCAGUGGAGACAAGAGAGAUGAGAUCCAUUCGGACUUUGAUCCGUUUGGAAGCCCUCGGACAUCAGCAGGAAUCUUUCCUGAAUGGCAGAGCUGGGGCCACAUCGACACCACCCCCUACUGGUGAGACUGCCGCGACACAUUUUUAGGUCACACUCACUGGCUUUUAUGAUGUACAAGAUCCACUUCAGCACUAAAGAAACACUUUAUCCUCCAGCUGUGAUCCAGAUGUUUGUAGGAUUCACUGCGCACUUCCUCACUUUACCUCACAGGAGUUCUCAGACAGAUGUUUACCUCUGGAUCUGUCUCAUACUCUUUUACCCCAUGCACCCGAAAACUGAACCUUUAACUUACACCCUGGUUCCCACGAUCCCGGCGCCUAGCCAGAUACCACCGGGGCUCCUUCAUACGCAGCACAGAGAAGCAGUCGGAGGAACCAGGAGCUCCAAAGGGCUUUAAACCAGCAUCCAAAGGAGACUUUGAACCGCGAAGCUUUCUCCGAAGCUCCCAAAGAUCCGUAAUCAGCGCCUUACAAACGUUUUUUCCUCUGGUCUACAUGUUCUUCUUCUUCUUUUGGGUUUCACAGGACUUGGAUGACCUUCACGUCUUCAUGAGCAUCCUUCUCUGGAGGACUCUGAAACACCAGCAUGGUUAAUGUAAGGGUUCCUGAGGGGCUCACCUUUUUUUGGGUUGUUUUAUAUGAACUGAAUUGCUUCUGUCGUCAAGACUUUCUCACAGGAGGAGUUUCCUUGGUUCAUGAACUCGGCGUGACCGUGACGAUCAGUGUUAUGCUGUAACAGGUCGGAUUCAGGAAGUGUUUUAGCCGUGACUUUAGACGGCACGCACGUGACUCACUGCUAGUUAUUAUGAUGAUGGCAGGGUGUAUGGAGGCGGAGCCGUGGUCACCCUGGCACACGCUGUGGUCCGUCUCUGUUCAGACUGGUUUGUCGCUCUCUUAUUGGAGAUUUUUUUUGUUGCAGUUGUUCGCUACUGUGUCGACUCGGACUCGCUAUAGUUAUGUCAGUGAGCUUAGACUAACCGUUCUCGAGUCUGAACUUGUUUUAAUGCUGAGAUCUUGUAAUAUCUGACCUUUGACCUGUGACUUGGACCCUUCAGGGACUGGACCAGCUUCAGUCAGAGCUGUGCCUUCACGUCUCCCUGUGGGGAUCCUGAAAAUGUAGCUUCAUAGGCUAGUCCUUGAGCUAAAGUCACAUGACCAGAUUCAAAGGUUAGCCUGAUGACGCAAACUUGUCCGACUGGUCAAUGUCAAAACUAUGGCUCAUCUGUUACCGGGCAGAUUUCAGCCAUGUUUUCCCCCUCACUGAUGUAGCUUUAAACGGUCAAAGGUCAGGAAAGCCUUGUCAUGUUUAGUUGUUUUACUCUGACCCUCUGCUAUGGGCGGAGUCACGUGACCUUUCACUUCCUCUUUGCUCCUGAAACCUUUACUGAACACUCCAGUGCUCUUACCUGUGUGUGUGUGUGUGUGGGGACCAUGUGACAAGAAGUAAGAGGGAAAUGUGUUAAAGUGAACGAUGAUGAUGUCGAUACUGAUGGGCCCUGAAGUGUUUCCUGAAGGGCUUGUGCUGCGUUCAGGUGCUGUCGGCCCUGAGGCUUGGAGUUUUUGUAUGAGCGACUGUAUCGGGGGGUGGGGGCACAGUUCUGAUUGUCCCUAACCACAGAGCCCCGCCCUCAGCUCUGACUUAUUGUAUUUAACUUGGUUAGCUCGUGAGCUAACUAGCUGCUAGCACUGUAAACGUAAUGAGAAAUGUAAUGAUGAUGUCUGUACCAGGAAGUGAUGUAAGCAGGGAGUGUUUGUCUGUUCCUAUUUUUGUGUAUCAUUUCAUAAUAAAAGUCUAACAUUUGUAAA